GUCUUCUUCGCCGACCCAAACCAACUCCUAUCCCAAGAAAACCUAACCUUUUCAUUUCUUUCAAUCUCUCUCUCUCUCUAUUUCUGCUUCAAUCUCCUGUUUCCUCCCUUGAAAACCAAUUUCUUAUCGAGAUCCGCUUCUUUUCUGAGAUGGAAUCGCCAAGAUCUGGAUCGGAUUCGGAGUCGCCGUGCUGGAAGAAGAAAUCGGCAGAGGAAGGGCUGCUUGCCGGUGUGAAGGAUCACGUCGAUCAAUUCGUUCACACUUCGGUAGAGCAGCAUCGGAUUUGCCUCAAGAAAACUAUCCGCGGCCUUUCCGAUUUUGUCAAGCUCCACAAGUCACGCACUGUAUGUUUUUCAAUUUUCUCACCCCCUUCUUAUCUCCAGUUUUCGAUUUCUUUCUUUUCUGUUUUGUUGGAGAUCUAUUUCUUUUGCAGAUUAAUCGAUCGUCGGCGUCGAAGGAGACGAGGAUCGAACCUCUGGUUAAGAAGGAAAGAAGAUUUGAAGGAAUUGAAACUAAUCGAGAAAUUGCAGCUCUGUUUUGUUUGGAGGAAUUGAAACUGAGGAACCCUAAUGAAAUGGAAAUGAAAAUUGUAAAAGAGUUCAAUUGAAUUUUCUUUGCACUCAUUUGAUAAGGAGAAUUUCAUUCUUGGAAGAAAAAUAUCUUUAGCAAUGUAACGUUCAUCACCUCCAAUGAUUUUGAUAGCAACACCAUUAUCCAUAAUUUGAAUUGGUUUUGUAUUGAAAUUCCUUCAAUUAUUUAGAGUUUGGCAAAACUUUUGUAUUGAAAUUUCUGCAAUUA